AUCAAGAAUGGCUGCUAAUUUUACGAGCUCUCGGCCAAACUACUACGGGGAAAACGUUUUCAUUUCUCCUCCCUGCAGGGCAAAGUUGUCCUCGUCGAGAAUGUCGCGUCUCUCUGAGGUACAACCACCAGGGAUUACACUCAGAUGAACGAGCUCCACGAGCGGUACGCCGGCAAGGGGCUCGUGAUCCUGGGAGUGCCCUGCAACCAGUUCGGCCAUCAGGUGAGGACAUGAUUGAGAACUUGCAAGAAUGAGGAAAUCCUCAUGUCUCUGAAGUACAUCCGUCCUGGAAAUGGCUUUGAGCCAAAGUUCCAGCUCCUUGAGAAAGUAGAUGUAAAUGGGAAAAAUGGCCAUCCCCUGUUUGUGUUCCUGAGGGGGAAGCUCCCUUUCCCCAGCGACGAGCCAGCUGCCUUGCUUGAUGACCCCAAGUUGAUCACGUGGAGUCCGGUCUGCAGGAACGACGUGGCCUGGAACUUUGAGAAGUUCCUCAUCGGGCCGGAUGGGCGUCCGUUCAAGCGCUACAGCAAGAGGUUCCUCACCAGUGACAUCGAGGGUGACAUCAAGAAGCUCCUCAGCCAGGCGCAACUAAAAACCCGUCCUCCAGUAUGCUGUUCAGCCACUUGCAUCAGCACAACGUGUGUAACCUUCAAUUCACCAGGGGAAACACCUUUGGGCUAUUUGCUUUCCCUCCACAGCUUCUGUACAACACUUUUCAGACCACCUGUGCUCUCUUACAUACGAUGCUGUGUUCUGUUCUUUUACAAUAUGAAGGCAUCCUCUGAAACCAAGUUAUUUGUGAGGGGGGUAUCUGAUGAAGCGUAAAGCCUGAAUGUUUUCAGCUGCAUUGUGUGUAUUCAAAGCACAGUGGUUUUGAAGUGUAAAGAGGACCAAUAAAGUUAUUUUGUUCACAC